UUCGAUUGUUUUUCUGUUCACAACAAGCGGUGGCUGGCCUGGUUUUUGGAGCUGGUUUCCGAGUGAAAAGUGCGAAAAAAUCCGUGAAUCUUGCUUCGAACAACGAAAAACUGUGCAAUUAGCCCAACCAAUGGAAGAAACGAAGAAGCUCGGCUACGACACGACGUGUCCCUUCAAUCCGGCCCAUCUGAUUCCGGCGGAAAGUAUGCAGAAGCACUUGCUCAAGUGCAGGAAGCAGCACAAAUCGUCGAGUAUGGUGAUCUGCCCGUUUAACCAAACGCACUACCUGCAUACACGCGAAUACGCCAAGCACAUUAAGACCUGCCCGGACCGGAUUUUGAUAGAAUCGUUUCGCUACACGGAGAAAGACGGCUCGGGGGGAAGUAGCAACCAGGAAACGGCACAAUCAUCAAUGGCCAGCUACGCCACGGAGACAGCAAGCUAUGAUGGCAACGACGAAGAGAACUGGGACGACAUGGAUGUGCCGGCCUACAACCCGCAAAAAUACUGCUUGGAGAACAAGGUCAUUCGCCAGUCCUGCCACUUGACUCCAGCAGAGAAGCGUGCAUUCUACGAGGAAGAACGAAUACGCCACAUGGAACUGAGCAAGCGGAAGCAAUAGUUAGGCGCUCGAUUUUGUUUUACGUUUUCGUGACUAUACUAAAGUAGAAAUCAAUAUAAUAUAGCCAUGUAGUGCUAAAGCUGCGACAAGGAAAAAGAAACGCGAACAGGAAUGAACAAGAAUGCCGCACUGUAUAGCAAGCGUACAAAGAGAUGAGAUGUUAUCAAAUACCACGGAAAAGGUUACUGUGCUUACUAUAUAGCGGUCAGACUAUAUAAUAUAAAACAAUAAAUGUUUUAAAGGUA